GGCAUUGGGUACCAUUUUUUUCAAAGUCUUUGGUAUGACCCGACCAGGAAUCAAACCGCUGAUCUCCCAAUCUCAGGGCGGACACUCUACCACUAGGCCACUGAGCUUUUAAAGAUAUCUUUCAACCAAGGAAAUGUUUCUGCAAAGAACAACGACUUAUUCUGGAGAAUUCAGGGUUUAUUUCUUUGUUUUUAUCCAGAAUAAACUACAGAUCCACGUUGGUAACGGAUUCUUUUACUUUGUACUUUUAUUUUAGUUAUUUCAACAUUUACUAAGAUUAUUUUCAUGUGGUUAGGACCUUUUGCCUUAAAUAACUGACUUGACAUUUUAAUGCCGUUUAACAGAGAAACACCUCUGUGUAGAUUGUAUGACCAUCUAAAAUAUCUAAUAAUAAUUUAUUAAAUGGGAUUCUAUUUUGAUAUUGAUUUAGUUCAGGGGUGUAUUCCAAGGAGAGGGCCAACAUUGUCCGUAGUCCUCACAGGCCACAAAAAUGAUUUUUUUUUUCCAGUUAUUUCCAAAAAUGUAUAUUAUCCAUCCAUCCCUGGGUUGGGUCGUGGGGGCAGCAGCCAAAGCAGAGAGGCCCAGAGUUCCCUCUCCCCAGCCACUUGGACAGCUCCUCCGGGGGAAUCCCAAGGCAUUCCCUGGCCAGAUGAGACACCAACUCCCCACCGUGUGUACUGGUUCUUACCUCGGAUCUCCUCCUCGGUUGGACGUGAUGAGAAAACCUCACCAGGGAGGCAUACAGGAGACAUCCGAGGCACCUCAACUGGCUUCUCUUGAUAUGGAGGAGCAGCGGAUCUACUCCGAGCCCCUCCUGGAUGACCGAGCUUCUCACCCCAUCUCUAAGGGAGAGCCCAGACACCCUGAGAAGAAAACAAAUUUCAACCACUUGUAUCCAGAAUCUCAUUCUUUUGGUUGCUACCCAAAGCUCGUAGCACUACGAGGGUAGGAAGGAACGUAGAUGUACCAGUAAAUCAAGAUCUUCGUCCACCAGCUCAGCUCUCUCUUCACCACGAUAGACCGGUACAACACUCGCUUCCCUGCAGACGGCACCAAUCUGCCUGUCGAUCUUCCGCUCCAUCUUUCCCUCACUCGUGAACAAGACCCCGAGAUACUUAAACUCCUCCACAUGAGACAAGACCUCAUCCCUGACCUGGAGAAGGCAUUCUACCCUUUACAACUCAAGACCAUGGUCUUGGAUUCAGAAGAGCUGAUGUAUUUUAUGGCUACAGCUUUUUUUUUUUUUACUUCCCAAAAUAGGUGCAUAAAUAGGCAUAUUAGUAAAAACAGAAACACAAAGUUCUACAUCAACAUCCUACUGGAGGGACAAAAUACCAUUCUAGAAGUGCAAGUGGAAGACGCUCUUUCUGACCUGAUUAAGACAGGCUGCACGGUGGAUCGGUUGACAGUCCUGUUGCGUUUUCCCCUCAUGCAUGCCCAAAUACUCGCGUCUCCUCCCACAGGCCAAAAACGUGCAUGUUAGGUUAAUUCUCUGCGUUGUUUCUGUCUUGAGUUGUCUGCUACAUAAUUUAACACAUUACAGAAAGCCAACUGGGGGUUUUGGAGAUGAGGCAGAGCACGUCACUAUUUGAGAGGCGCACUUAGUUGUGGCUAAUACUGAAGUAUCUGCAGACAGACACACUCUCUUUCCUUGGCCUUCAGAGAAAAUUAGCUCAGAAUACCAAACUUCCGCGCUUUAAAAAAUAUUUUGACUUUUUCAGACAUGCCUCGGACAUCCGAGAACAGAGCCAACGAUUGAGCGGCUUCUGUGGGAGAAAUUUGGACCAAACAUGGUGUGUGUUUUUGUCAAGAAGGUGACAUAUCUGUAGAAGGGUUGCUAAGGUCUAAAACUAAACUCAUCAGGUACAGUGAAGGUAUUUUGGCCAAGAGUGAGAUAAUCUGUAAUUGUAAAUUUCAUGCUGAGGUGAAAAUUGGAAACAUCAAAUCCUCUCGAAGUGAUGAAUCCAACUUAAGGCGCCACAGAACUGAAAGUCAUUCUUAAAAUUCAAGUGGAAAAUUGUUCAAAUUUUUUACUUCAGCAGAAAUACCGAUCUGGUUGUAGUUACAGUUUAAAGUGCCACCUGGCCUGCAGCUGCCUUUUUCAGUUUUGCUGCAGGCUGCUCAUCUGCUCUGACAUCACUGAUGCAGAGCGGAGACUCAGCCAGCAGCAGCCUCAGCACCGACUGCGGAGGCUGCUCCCACUGACCAGCAGCCUGACUCGGAUCACAUCAGAUCAGCACAGCUGAAUCACCAUGGAGGAUGAAGUUCCAUCACAGCUGGUUCAUUCUCUGGCGACCAGUUCAACUUUUAAACACUUCCCUGCCUCCCCUUCUUUCCAGCAUUGUGCCUUAAUCUCCUGGAUCAAGAAUAGCAUCAAGAAGAAGGAGUGUGACUUUUUUCAGGCGGAUGUCAGGGAGGACACAUGCAAGUGUGGUUACUUGAAGACUGAGCAUGCAGACAAAGCCAUUAAGCCAGAGGAUUACACAGGGGACACGUGGGACAGACACAAACACGUCCAUGAAGUAACCACCGAUGCGUUUGGGAACAUCGUCUUUGGCGGUUUGGGGCAUAAGAUCAGCAAAUAUGCACGAGUGUCCACAGAUACCAACCCUGAACUGCUGUAUAAGUUACUGACUGAACAGUGGGAACUUUCACCUCCCAACCUUCUCAUCUCGGUCACUGGUGGAGCCAAAAACUUCUACCUGAAGGCUCGACUCAAAAAUAUGUUCCACAGAGGACUCAUCAAAGUGGCUCAGACUACAGGUGCAUGGAUCAUCACUGGUGGUACUAAUACAGGUGUGAUGAAGCAUGUGGGGCAGGCUGUGAGAGAUUAUGGCCUGAGCUCAUUGCAGGGCAAAGAGAUAGUGGCUAUUGGAGUGGCAACAUGGGGAGUAAUUCACAACAGGGAUACUCUUGUGCAUAGUGAUGGCUGUUUCCCCGCUCACUAUUUAAUGGACGUUAACGGCCAGGGCCGCCUGUCAAGCCUGGACAACAAUCACACUCACUUUCUGCUGGUUGAUGAUGGAACACACGGCUGCUACGGAGUGGAGAUUGAAUUACGCACCAGUCUGGAGAAAUGCAUCGGCAGGAAGUCUCUUGGAAACAGUGGUGGAACCAUCCCGGCAGUGUGUGUUAUUUUAGAUGGAGGUCCAGGCACGCUGAAUACCAUCUACAACACCAUGCUGAAUGGCACACCAUGUGUGAUUCUGGAGAGCUCUGGGAGGAUAGCAGAUGUUAUCGCUCAGGUGUCAGGACUUCCUUUGAGUCAGGUCACAAUCGCUGUCAUCGAUCGGCUGGUGGAAAAGUUUUUUUGUUCAGAGUAUGAAAAGCUCUCUGGCAAGAUACUUGAAUGGACCAAAAAGAUUCAGGACAUCAUUAGUUUGCCUCAUCUGCUGACAAUCUUCAGUGUAAGUGAGGACAAUCAUGGGAAUUUGGACGUGGCCAUUCUUCAAGCACUUCUCAAAGCUUCGAGGAGCAGUAAGUCACGAGGAAUCGAGAGCUGGAAGAGACAGCUGGAGUUGGCUAUAGCCUGGAACAGGGUGGACAUCGCUGAGGCAGAGAUAUUCACAGAGGAAAGCCAGUGGAAGUUCAGUGACCUCAACUGGGCCAUGUUCUCAGCCCUAGUGGGCAACAAGCCCCAGUUUGUGAGUCUGCUGCUGGAGAAUGGCGUGUGUCUAAGGGAUUUCCUGCAGGAUGAAGAAACUUUAGUUAAACUCUACAGACAAAUGCCAAACUGCCUCUUCCUGCACAAACUGGCCCAGAGGGUUAGGAAAUGUCAUCGCUCGAAGGGGCAAGGAUUGGGCAAAGGACAAAGCGGUCACACAGGAAGAGGAGAGCUAAUCUCCUUGACUCACGUCUCUGAGGAGGUGCGCCACCUGCUGGGCAAAUUCACCCAAAACAUCUAUCCUCCCUCCACCUUAACAUACCAGCUGAACCUAUCCGUAGGGGACACGUCAGAGUCGUUGAGUAAAGGUCAGACAUCUUCCCAGGCUCCUCUCAAAGAAGAUGGAGCUGAACCUCAAAGGGAUGCUGGCAGAGACCUUUUUCUUUGGGCUGUGGUCCAGAACAACAAGGAACUGGCUGAAAUUGCCUGGGAGCAGUGCAGAGACUGCAUUUCAGCUGCUCUGGCUGCCAGCAUGAUCCUAAAGAGUUUGGCAAAAGAAGAAACCGAUGCAGACGAGGCGCAAGAGAUGCUCAGACUCGCCAGUCAUUAUGAAGAAUGUGCAAUUGGUGUGUUCGGUGAAUGCCAUGACAACAACGAGGAGCGAGCUCGGAAGCUGUUGGUCAGGGUGUCACCGUCUUGGGGUGGAACCACGUGCCUGAGGCUGGCAUUGGAGGCUGAUAACAAAAGCUUUGUAGCUCAGUCAGGUGUUCAGGCCCUUCUAAAUCAAAUUUGGUGCGGGGAGCUCUCGGUUGACAACCCUGUGUGGAGAGUGUUGAUCUGCAUGAUCUUCUUUCCUCUGAUCUGCACAGGAUUUCUCAUUUUCAGACGUGAUGAACUCAUCCAGAGACAACAUGAGAAGACUGAAGAGAUAAAAACAAUGGAAACAAUGAAAGGAAGCAGAUUCAGGACAAGCCGUGUCAGCUUGCAGCAGGAAGUGAAGCCCCUAGGCAGCUGGUCCAGACUGGAGAGCUUCUACAAUUCCACACAGGUCAAGUUUUACUGGAAGAUCGUUUCUUACGUCGCCUUCCUCUGCCUGUUUGCUCUGGUGCUCAUGAUCGACUUCCAGAGGACCCCCUCUCCUGGAGAGCUGCUGCUCUACAUCUGGCUGUUCACUCUGGUGUGUGAGGAGGUCAGACAGCUGUUCCACGAUCCUGAUGGAUUUGGGUUUCGUAAGAAAUCCAGAAUGUACAUCGAUGACCUCUGGAACAUUUUGGACGUGCUGUCAAUCAUCCUUUUUUGUUUGGGCGUUGCAUUCAGGUUGACCUCUAAGCUGUUCCACGAGGGUAAAAUCAUCCUCUGCAUCGACUUUAUGGUCUUCUGCCUCCGACUCAUGGCCAUCUUCACUAUCAGUCGAACGCUGGGACCCAAAUUAAUCAUAGUGAAAAAGAUGAUGAUGGACAUGUUCUUCUUCAUGUUUCUGCUGAGUAUCUGGGUGGUGGCGUAUGGUGUUGCCAAACAAGGCAUCCUCAUCGACAACGACAAUCGUCUGGAAUGGAUCGUCCGCGGAGCUAUUUACGAGCCAUACCUCAUCAUAUUUGGGAAUUUCCCUCAAAAUAUUGACAAUGCUGAACUUGACUUAAAUUUGUGCAGCGUGAACGGGACAGAUCCUCUGAAGCCAAAGUGUCCUCUGCUGAAGGACAACCAAAUCCCGGUCUUGUCCGAGUGGCUUACCAUCGUCAUGCUUUGUGUUUAUUUGCUCGUUGCAAACAUACUGCUGCUCAACCUGCUCAUUGCCAUCUUUAACUUUACGUUCCAGGAAGUCCAGGAUGACACGGACAGAAUCUGGAAGUUUCAAAGAUAUGAGCUAAUUAAAGAGUAUCACAGUCAUCCGGCCGCUCCGCCCCCUUUUAUCAUCCUCAGUCACGUCUGGCUCUUCAUCAGGACGAUGGUGCUGCGGAGGCCUCCCAUCAAAUACAAAGAGUUCAAGAACGAGCUUCCUCAGAUGGAGGAAGAGGAGCUGUUGUCCUGGGAGGCCUUGAUGAAGGACAGAUAUCUGCUGUCUGCACAGCAAAAGCAGAGCCAAUGCAUGGAGAGACGCAUUCUGGAUACAGCCCAAAAGGUUACCGUCCUAACUGAGCAGCUAGAGAGGGAAGAGGAAACCAGCUCCGCUGCAGUGCUGAAGAGACUCACCAGACUAGAGGAGCAGUCAAGCAAAACUCUGCAGUUGAUUAUGGAUAAUCUGAAAUCUCAGGGUGCUUCUGCAAAAGAAACACAACCACCGACCUCGACUGGAACAGACGGAAAUCUCGACUCUUUAACAAACACAUCAGAGAUAGAAAAGCGUUUCCAUGUGAAAGCCCGUCAGUUUCGCUACCCAGACAGCAAAAUCACACGCUUUCCUGUGCCUGAAGAGAAAGUACCAUGGGAGGUCAGCUUCCCUUCAUACAUGCCACCUUAUUAUGAUUGCAAAGAAGACGGCUGUGACAUUGAUGGAUCAGAAGCCUUAGAGAAAUACAGAAACCCAGAAGGGAGGACGGGGAUCAGGGGACGUGGUGCACUCAGUCGUCUUGGCCCAAACCGGAACUUGGACCUUGUGCUGACCCGUUGGAGAGACAGUGAGAGGUCUGUGUUGGAGUUCCUGGGGGUUUGGGGUGAGAGUCGAGGAUUUUUAGUUCUCCCUGGGGGACUUGCUGACUCUGCUGAACACCUGCCAGCACCUCUCAAGAAAACCCUGGGAGACAAGAUUUAUGAAACGCUCAAUGCAAAAUUAUCAGAGGGAAUUAAGGUGUUUGAAGGUUACGUAGAUGACUGCAGGAACACGGAUAACGCCUGGGUGGAAACCACCGUCCUGAACAUUCACCUACCUCGAACAAGUGAAGUGAUGGUGGACAUCAAAAAUAUGUCCGUGAGCAGCCACGGCUCCCUCCAGUGGCAGGAGGUCAGCAGCAGAACCAGACUCGACUCAAACCAAAACGACUCGCUGAAGAAGGUGGCAGCUCUUCAUAAGAGGCCGUUUUGAUGUUCAACUCGCCCCCGCCUCUCUUUCAAAUUAUUUGUAUGCAUUAUGAUGCUAGUUUGUAACAGCUGUCAUCUCCAGGCCUUUCACAAGGACAACAAUCAUCAGGUCAUCUUAAUCUGCCAGUGUGGCAUUUUACUGCCACUUAUAUCAAUGCAUGGGGUUGCACUCAAAACUAUUUAUAAAAAAAACGCAGAAUAAAGCCAUAAUGCUGCUGUGGAGGACCCAAGCUUUUACUAACACACUGCAGCUGCAAAUAUCUUGUAACUCUGCACUCUUUCUCUAAUAUAAUUCAUUUCUGAGUCAUUUUUUUAUUCUUUAAAAACAAUAAAUGUGUUUGUGGAAUCAGAAUAGAAGUAAGGUGAGAAAAAGUCUCAUGGUAAAUGACGCAUGUGUCAAUGUUGAGUUUCAAAUGUUUGAUGAUGAUGAUGUCACCUUCACUCGUGGGAAACUGCCUACGUGGCUUUUUAAAUCUUACAAUUGAACACAACUAAAAGAGUCUAUGAUGUUAAUAGACAGACAUUCAGAUAUAUUUCUGGGAGGGCAAGAACACUAGGCACUUGUGUGACAGUUUAUUCUGCACUUAAGAACCACAUAAAAAUAACACUCAAUGCAGCCAAAUAAAAAUGUAUGAAACUUUUUUGAGGACGUGUUUUGCAAAACUCACCUUUUUCAUCCUUUUCUUUGGCCAUGCGGUUCUCUACUGCCGCUACAAACAAUCUAAACAUGAAAAAACCCUGUCCAUCUGUUCUCUUUCAGUUUGGGGUUUUAGAACCUAACGUAUGUUCUUAAAACAAGCAUUUGAAAAAGUCCUCAUUUGUGAUUUCACAAACAAAAAAGUACAAUAAAACCACCUCUCACGUGCAAGAGAGAGCUGCUGCUGGAGGAGGCUUCUCAGCUUUUUCUGCCAAUCAAGGGGUGGGUAGGCAUGACCAGCUCCAGUUUGUUUUCUUAAAGAGCAAGUCACCCCUUACAAGACGCGUACUUCACUCCCACUUCAUGUUUGAACAAUGCAACAAAUGCUGUUGCCUAGCAGACCGAGAGGGUGGAGCCACUAACAAAUACACACACUCAUGACAUUGUGACAUCAUAAUGUACCAUUUUACAUCAUAGCUUACCUCUUAGCCAAUAGCGGUGGCAGAUUUAAAUUCAAAUGCAAUGAAGAGUUUUUACCUGACAACGGCACAACACUGACAGUUUCAGGCAGAAAAUAAAAAUUUUAACUAAAAUGCACUAAAGUGCAAAACUAUUGACUACAUGAGUCUGCAGCACGAUUAGACAUGCAUUUAUAUAGUUUAUCAGAAAACAAUUGUUGAUUUGGGGGUGACUUGCUCUUUAAAGUGACAGAGACCUGAAACAGCUCAUUCUGGAAGGCACUGAAAAUGUGAGAAGUACUUUGUGCAAAUAACUUAAUGAACAUUCAUUUAGAAGACCAUAGGAGUGUUAUUUUAAAAAAAGUCACAACAUGCCCACUUUAAACAAAUAAGAGGGGUCUUGUUGACGAGUGAGGGAAAGCUGCAGCACGACAUCGAUAGGUGGAUUGGUGCUGCGUCUGCAGUGAUGUCAGCUAACACAAACAACUGAAUGAAUGUCCAACACUGUGAAGUAUGUUGCAAAAACUCUUCCAUUAACAUUAUUAAUCUAUUAAUCAUAGAUAAGGCUCAGUUUAGCUAUAAAUACUUGCAAUGGUAUGCACUACUUUAUUCUAAAUAUGUUUUAUUUUAUUUUAUUUAAACUUUAUUUCACCAGGCUAAACAGAUUAAGAACAGACUUCAACUGUGGCUGGCCUCUGCUGAAGGACAACCAAAUACCGGCAAUGCCUUUUGUGUGAAAAGGAAAGAGGACUAUACCGUAAAACAAUUUAAAGCUGCAUGAAUUAGACAAAAUAAAAAUAAAUAAAACAUGAAUACACACACAAAAACGCGAUUUAUAGAAGAAGAUAGAAAUGGCUAUAAAAUAGUUGGAAGUCAGUCUGUGACAACAGCAGAUAUCUUUAAAAUGCUCCAUGAUCCCAGCUUGGAAAGCUGCCUUUAAGAUGAAUUAGUUCAAUUUUUAUUUUAUUUUUAUUUUUUUGUAGGUCGUUCCAGUCUCUACAACUUUCACUCUUAAAACUUGAAAAAAGAAACUUUUGAUUAAUUUUGUAAUUUCCUGUUCAGAUUGCCUUUUAUUUAACCAAAGUGUCAACAAUAAAAUGACUUAACUGCUUCA